UCCCGGGCGGAGGGGCAGCAGUACGGGCACCGGCACCAUGGCUGAUCAGUCUUUUGUGACUCUAGCUACGAAUGACUCUUAUGUUAAAGGAGCACUGGUCUUGGGUUCAUCUCUGCAACACCAGAGAACAAUAAAGAAACUAACUGUGCUCAUAACGCCUCAGGUCUCUGCUCCCAUGAGGAAAGUGCUAGAAAAAGUCUUCGAUGAAAUCUUAUUGGUAGAUGUCUUGGACAGUGGAGAUUCAGCCCAUCUAGCACUAAUGAAAAGACCUGAGCUGGGUGUCACACUAACAAAACUCCACUGCUGGGAACUGACUCAGUAUUCAAAAUGUGUGUUCAUGGAUGCAGACACAAUGGUUUUAUCAAAUAUUGAUGAGCUUUUUGAGAAAGAAGAGCUAUCUGCAGCACCAGAUCCAGGCUGGCCUGACUGUUUUAAUUCUGGAGUUUUUGUUUAUCGACCUUCCAUUGAAACAUACAAUCAUCUGUUACAACUUGCCACAGAGAAAGGCAGCUUUGAUGGUGGGGACCAGGGGUUAUUAAACACCUUCUUCAGCAGCUGGGCAACAACAGAUAUCAACAAACACUUGCCAUUUAUUUAUAACUUAAGCAGCAUUUCUCUAUACUCCUACCUUCCAGCAUUUAAAGCGUUUGGUUCAAAUGCUAAAGUGGUGCAUUUCCUAGGAAGAAUGAAACCAUGGAAUUACACAUAUGACUCUAAAACCAAAAGCAUAAAAGGUGACACAAGUGAUCCCACAAUGGUUCACCCAGAAUUCCUCAACAUGUGGUGGCAUACCUUCAUCACCAACAUCUUACCCCUACUAGAACAACAUGGAAUUGUUAAAGACGCCACUACAGGUGUAAAGGCGCUAUCGGGCUUGGUCUAUUCUCUGGCUUUCUCUUGUGGCUUCUGUAGAGAGGACGAGGUUACAGAGGCAGUGUCCCACAUGUCACUUUCAGCAGCAGCACUAACUUCGCCAUCAUCUCCCCCACCCGCUGAAUCUUCAGAAGAACGGAAGGAGAGGUGGGAGCAAGGCCAGGCUGACUACAUGGGAGCAGACUCCUUUGACAAUAUCAAGAAAAAACUUGACACUUACCUCCAAUAGAAGCACUUCUAUUGCCGAUGUUCAUAGAGAUACAAGAACUUCUUCCAGAGCUAUCGCAGCUAGGAAAGUGUUGAAUGUGGUCAGUUA